AUGCCGCCCAAUACGCAUCAAUACUAUUCCGAAAAGAGGCCCACACAUUCCUUCAAGGCAACGCAAGGAGGUCAAUCGUGGUCCAAUGGAUCCCAGGCCACUCCAAAAUCGAAGGCAACGAACGCGCGGACAGACUGGCUAACGCAGGACUCGACUCCCGCCCUACGCCGUUCUUUAACCGGACCGCAACCUGGGCCAAAUGCCGUGCCACUCAACGCGCAGCCAAGUCAUGGGGACGCUUAUGGGCAGAACACCCCCACUCAAAAACGGUCCAAAAACACAUCCCACGUCCCCCGGCACUCAAAUUGGCACCCAAUCUUCCAAAACCCCAGUAUCCCUCGAUCGGUGUCCUCCCGCCUCAUCCACGUUAUGACAGGCCACGGCUGCUUCGGCGAAUACAAGGCCAGAAUGCCUUUCAUUAACGGAAGCGCCAAAUGCCAAUGUGGCGACCCGAACCAAACCAUCCCGCACCUCCUGUUCCACUGCCCGCUUGCCGAAGAUAGCCGCAAGCUCCUUUUCGAAGCGGCACCAGACCUCAACCCCGCAACCCUCUUCGGGACCCCCAAGGGAUUGGAAGCGGUCGCCAAAUUCAUCUACCACUCCGGAAUUGGCCUCUAUAAAUAG